ACUUGAAGCACAACGGGUGGGGGCAAAAUUGGCUCUUGACUUCGAUGCGCCUAAUGUUUUGAGGUUAUAAGUCUCCAUCAACUGUCCCCAACUUUCAACCAUAGUUUUCUAACCACCAGCAGCGCCGUCAUAAUUUAUGUCCAUGCCAAAAUUUCCGUUACAAAAGUGGUACAAACCUACAAACACUUUAACCCAGACCAAACUAACCGAACGUAAACUGUCCCAGGCCUAUGAGUCGAUCACUGAUCACCUCAAUGAGCAAAAAUGGCGGAUGACAAGGAUCCCCUGAAACAGUUGAAAGAUCUGACGCAGCUCAAAUCCCAGUUGGCGGAAAUCCAGAGGCGAGUGGAGAACGAAGUGUCAUUAGGAGUCCCUCAGGGAGGCUCACUGUUGGGAUCACCAUUUCUGAAGGGCUUUCUGGCCGGGUAUGUGGUGGCCAAGCUACGCUCCUCUGCCUUCCUGGGAUUGCUUCUGGGUACAGCCACUGGUAUAUACGCGGCACAGAACUAUCCAGUGCCCAACAUUGAACGGACAGUGAAAGACUAUAUAAACAGCUUGAAGAAAGGACCAAAAUAGUUGGGGCUGACUGCUAAUAUGGUCAGUGAAAUAACAGGCAAAAGAAACAGAGAUGCAGCUGCUGCCUUGUGACGGAUCUGCCUUCAAGAUUUCUUUGUAAACUUGACUUUGAAUAUAAUGACAUAACUGGAAUUUCA